UUAAAUACCAUUGGAGGUAUUUAAGGAGGGAAGUUUGGAGGCUGCCCGCUGAGUGAGCAUUGGCCUGGCCUGCUGCUGCCUGUGCCAUGGCUCCAGGGAGUGUCUCCAGUGUUUCCUCCUCCUCCUCUCUUCCCUCCAAGGACACAUCACCGACUGGACCAUGUGGGCUCCCUGGGGCUGACAAGCCAGGUUCAAGUUGCAGCAGAAUCCAAGCAGGCCAACGGAACCCAACGAUGCUACGCAUGGUGCUAGAGGCUCUAAAGGCCAGGGAGAAGCGCCAGGGCACAUCAGUUAUAGCCAUCAAGGUCUAUAUCCAACACAAGUACCCGACGGUGGACACCACCCGCUUCAAGUACCUGCUGAAGCAGGCUCUGGAAACUGGCGUUCGUCGAGGCCUCCUCACCAGGCCUGCCAACUCCAAGGCCAAGGGUGCCACUGGCAGCUUCAAACUAGUUCCCAAGCCCAAGCAAAAGAAAGCCUGUGCCCCAAAAGCCGGCAGGGGAGCUGCAGGUGCCAAGGAGACAGGCCCCAAGAAAUCUGGAUUGCUGAAGAAAGACCAAGUUGGCAAGGCCAAGAUGGAGAAAGGGCAGAAGAGGAAGUCUUAUCCUUGCUCAGUUGCCACAUUGGAGAUACCGCCUAAGAAAAUCAAGGUGAAACCUUUAGAGGUCAGAAAGGCCCCUCUAAAACCAGACAAAGCUGCAGGGGCCCCUCUCACUGCUAACGUAGGCCAGAAGGUCAAAGACAGUGGGAGCAAACAAGAAGCAGAUGCCCAUGGGAAAACCAAAGGUGUGUGUGAGAAAUCAAAGCCCUCGGCCAGCAAGGUAAGCUCAGAAUACUGCUGCUUCCCUCGCCAAAAGGAAGAUGGCAGCCAUGGCCCACACUGAGACAGUACAGAAGACCAAAGCGCCCACUCCUUCCCAGGACGUGGGACACAAAGCACAACCCACACCUAGGGUCAGGAAGACCCCCGAGAACACCAAAAGGCCUGAGUUACCCUCCAAGACCUUGUCCAAGGCUCCCAGCAAGAAGGCUGAGGCUAGCGGCUAGGGCCCCGGGUUGGGGAGAUGUCGGACUCUGAAGCUUUUUAUUCUCUAACAAACUGUAAUAAUGCUUAAUCAUAAUGUAUUUAUCAAUAAAGACUUUUCUUUGUAUUCA